AUGCUAGCUGAGCGUCCAAGUGGCCUCCACCCUGUGCUGCGGCUGGGACACCCACCUGCCAUCACAGCAGGAGGCGAGGAUCCCGAGGACGAGCCCCCUCCACCUCCCCAGAGGACUGUCUCUUCUCCUACAGGUUUGUCCUCUCCCACCUCCGCACCUCCACCUGCUCCUGCUCGCAGGCCUUUGUGCUUACAAUCUCGCUCUAGCCUUACUGUCUCAAAGACUGAAUACACUCUUAAUUCAUCAGAAUCAUUAAUUGUAAAAUGGGACAUCAAGGAAGAAAUAUCAUCUUCUGAUUGGAUUGGAUUGUAUAAAACAGAUGAAACUGAUCCAGCUAGAUUUCUGGAGUGUAAAACUAGACGCCCAUCAACAACUGCAAGAGGUCAAAUUUCAUGGACAAUAGAAAAGGAUGACUUCUUUACUGAAGAUCUAACUAAUGUGUGCUUUAAAUAUUAUCAUGGAUUAUCCGGAAUGUUGCGAGCAGUCAGUCCCGUGGUUACUGUUAAAAGGUUCCCAGAUUCCUGUGGACCUCAAAAUAGUCAUGGGACUGAUGAUGUGUUGGUGGGAUACUCCUCUCAGCAAUAUCCUGUAGAGAUGGUGAAGUUCACUUUAUCUAAUCUCCAUGCAAGAAAUUUGAAAAAGGGGAUGUUUUUCAACCCUGAUCCCUAUGUCAAAAUAUCUAUACAACCUGGAAAAGGAGAAGGUGUUUUACUUUUACCUCAUCAUGGUCAAGUUUGUCGAACUGGUAUUGCUGAAUCAACAACGCAUCCAUCUUGGCCAGGACAGUUUGAAUUCAUAGCCUAUCCUUCUGAUAUUCUUGACUUUGAAGUGAAAGAUAAGUUUGCUAAAAGUAGGCCAAUAAUUAGUCGUUUCUUAGGAAAAUUUUCUGUGCAGAUUUGUCUUUUGCUUGAUCAAUGUACUGGUGUUCCAAUCGAAUUCAGUUUCAGUUUGUGCAAUAAAAACCCAUCUGAUCAUGUCACAGGACAAUUAUCUUUUACCUUUACAUUAGAAAAUGGUCCAGUUGACCCUUGGACUCACAUUAGACAAGUUCAUAAUCCAAUUUAUGCAACUGAUCUUUCUGAUUCACAAAUAACUGGGUCUUCCGUCCCAAAUACGCCUCAACACAUUGUACUUUCUAGUCGAUCAGCUCAAAUGCCAAAUGGUAAUUUGUCUGGGAAUGGCAGCAGCCAUUCUGUUGCUGGGUCUCGUGCCUCUGAAUCUUCAAGAAGAGAAGGACAACCUCGUAGUAUUCGCUCUGGGUCAGAUCAGAGCAUAAACAGUAUUACAGCAGCUCCUCCAGCAAGUAGAAGAGCAUCACAAGCUUCAGUUACUCGAUUAUCUAUUGCAUCAGUACCUGCAACAACAGCUAGCAGCAGCAGUAUUUGCAGCAUCAAUUCUUCCACAGUGGCCUUUACUAAUAUGGAAUAUGUACUUCAGCCUGCAACAGAUGCUGCCAACAGUAUUGAACCUUCUCCAAAUCCAACUCCAGCGAAAGAAAUGGAUGUUCCCCCACCUCUUCCACCUAAACAAAAAUCAGCAAAAGGGCAUCGUCCAUUAGAGCGAUCUAAAGCUCACCUUGUUGGGCCCAGCACAUCACAAGAGAGCUCAUCUACUAGCAGAACAGAAACUGUGGAUUCUAGUCAGGUAUCUACUCAGAAACCAAAACUAACUAAACCGGAAGACAGCUUUUUGCUCGAGAUUGUCGAUACAGAUGAACAAAAUAAUAACGCAGAUGAUGAUGAUGCCACUCCGUGCAUUGAAAGUGAUGAAAAUGUUGUUACAUUGCCAACGUCUGUAUCAGUUCCUCUCCUCAGAGAUUCUAGUCCUCCACCUCCAGCAUUACCACAAAGAACGUCAAGUGGUGCCACUAGACCAGUUGCACUACCUGUUCAUCCUAUUGGUACAGAUAAUUAUACAGAUGGGUAUUACAUUAAUCAGACUCAAAUGCAUGAAUAUCAAGGAGCACAGCGCACUGCUCCAUUAGCAACUCCUGAGCAUGAUUCCAUUCAUGAGGGAGGCCCAUCUCUCGAAAACAUAAACGAGGCAGUCAAUUUUGAAGGUGAAGAUGAAACGCCUAUAUUAAAUUACUCGGAGUUAGAGCCGAGCAUUAAUGAUUACAGUUCUUCAGAUCUCGACCACGAGACAUAUCUCAGUCUCAGUGAGGCUAGCGAUUUGGCCCGCAUUGCGAAUUCCAUGGAUCAGAUGACAUCCGAGUUUGGUGAGCUUAACAUCGAUAAUGAUGAAAUCCCUGGUAGUUACAGUGUUUGUGUACCUGAUGUUGUCACUCCGCCGUGCAGCAGCCCCUCAUCCCAAACACUUAGUGCCAGCGAAAAUGAAGAGCCGCCGUGCGACGGAGACAGUGUGCAAAGAAACGGUUCCUAUGGCUCAGACUCUGAUUCCGUUGACAGAGACAAUGCGCUUGCGUAUCACGAUGCCAUUGCACAGGAACCGUCCCUGCCAAGUUGUGCUACAACACCGGACAUGCCCUCAACUUCCAGAACUGGGAUGCAUUGUAGCACCAGCUCUCUCAGCUUAUUAUCAACACCAGAUAGUGUUCAGACUCCGGUUUCUCCCGGGUUGGUUGUCAGUCCAGCUAGUGAUGACCUCAGCCCUGUAAGCCCCACAGAUGAAACAUCUGACGAUGGCCCCUCUCCCUUAAGGACUUCUCCAUCUUCCGAAGAGAGGGAUAGCUUACCUGUGUCACAAUCUUGUGUUUCAAAUCAUGUUUCAUUCAUUAGGCCAGAUUCAGAUUUAUGGGCUCAAAGAAGAAAUUCUCUAGGAAAUUUUGCAUCUAGGCCUCUCUUAUGUACUGGUCGAGAUCAGUUUCAAGUUUCAACUUUACAACAUUUUCCUACUACACGAUUGCCUUCUAUUCCGGAAAGAACAAUUAGGUACCAAAGGGUUGAUUUGGAAGAUCCAUUACCUCCACAUUGGGAAGCACGAAUUGACAGCCAUGGUCGUAUUUUUUAUAUUGAUCAUUUGAAUCGUACUACAACAUGGACAAGACCUACAGCUUCACAGCAGCUUACUCUUGGAACAGCUAGUGAAUUACAACGUCAACAAUUAGACCGCAGGUACCAGAGCAUAAGAAGAACUAUAACAUCUCGUGCUCACGAGGAAAAUGCAACUAGUGUUACUCCUGCCUCUACUUCAACAACAGUGCCUUCUUCAUCUAGCCCAGAGAACCAAAGAAUCUUGUUAUUGCGGUCACCCGCUGUCCGUUUUUUGACACGUCCAGACUUCUUAAAUGUUCUUCAUAUGAAUGAUGAAGCUUUAGCAGUCUACAAUAGAAGUUCUUCAUUGAAACAUAUGAUAACAAAAAUAAGAAGAGAUCCUUCUGGAUUUGAAAGGUAUCAGCAUAACAGAGAUUUAGUAAGUCUUCUGAAUAAGUUUGCUGAUACUGCUCGUGAUUUACCCAGAGGUUGGGAAACAAAAUUGGAUAGAGCUGGUAAACAAUUUUUCAUUGAUCAUACAUCUCGAAGUACAACUUUCAUUGACCCAAGAUUGCCUAUUGAAACCCCUUUUGUCAAUCCAAACAAGCUUCCUGUUCCCCUUGCAAGGAGAAGAAGUCGUAGUGCUGGUGAAGAAGAAAUAAGGCCUGAUACAAUUGUAAGGGUGAGAAAGUGA